AUGAAUUACCAAUGGAACACCAGAAAAUUUAAGGACUCUGUUCUGAAAGGGUUUUGCAAUGCACUAGUUAGUAUUGGAGGACCUGGCCAGGUACUUAUAAUUCAAGAAAAUAUGUUACCAGUUAUAAAUAAUCUGUUAACUUUUACGACAUUGACUGAAAAGACACCAGUGAAGAAGAUUUUACUUCUCGAUGAUCAAUUAACUACAGAUCUUACAGAAAUUUUAGACACAACCCCAACUAUAAGGCCAGUGUUUCUUAUAGAUAUUAGGGUCGAUCUAACUGUACCAUCAAUGAUAGAAUCUGUUUUACAGAAUUUAGAAAUGACCGAACUGGAUGUAAUGUAUUGCACGUGGGAAUUCGAUCUUUCGAAUGGUUUGACCAAGGUUCCACAUUCUAUUCAAUCACAAUUACAAGAAUUUUGUCAAACCGUUAGGCUCACUCCAUGGAAAAUGGUAACAAUACCACAAUUUGAUGAUGAUUUUCUUUGUCUCCAUGCAUUAUAUAAUUCUGAAAAUGAUUCACUAUAUGCACCAUUUGAAAAUUCAUUGAAAGAUGGGACGAGAGAGGUUUUACUAGACAACAUGAUCAAUUGUAUACUGACGUUAUUAAAACAGACCAAUACCACUAUCACUAAUACAGUUACAUUAGGCAAUCUAUCUCAAAAGUUUGCCCAGCUGUUAAAAUCAAGGGUGAAGGAUAAUAUGACAUACAAUGAUGAAUUGAUAUUUGAGUCAUUACAUGGGAAAAAGGCUACUAUUGAUAUAGAAACAGAUAUGAUUGUCAUUGAACGUGAAAUGGAUCCAAUUACACCGUUGCUGACAGAACUGACCUAUUUUGGUUUGUUAGACAAAUUUCAUAAAUUUGAUGCAAAUGGGACAUUAGUUGAUAAGGAAGGAAAUUCGCAUAGCUUUGCUAAUGAUGAUGAAAUAUGGAAUCAUUUAAAGUUCCUUAAUUUUGGUGCAAUGGGACCUAAAUUAAACAAGAUGGCUAAAGAAUUGCAAAGCAAAUACGACUCUAGACAUGACGCAGAGACGGUGGGUCAAAUCAAGACAUUUGUGGAUUCGUUGGGAACAUUACAACAAGAACAAAAGCUCUUAAAGAUGCAUACCACAUUAUCAUCUGAUAUUCUUGAAGAAGUUGAAAACAAUGAUUCUUUAGAAUUUAAUCGUAUUCUUGAACUGGAACAAGAUAUCUUGCUUGAUAAUUUAGGAACCACGAUCGCCAUGGAUCGUAUCCUAACACUAUUGUAUGAGGAUAAAGUACCGAUGGAGGUGAUAAUACGGUUAGUAUGUUUAUUAUCACUCUGCAAGAAUGGUUUGAAGGAUAAUGAAUUUGAUACUUUGAAGAAGGAAUUGAUUGAUACCUAUGGGAUAGAAAUACUUUUCAAAUUAGAAUGGCUAACAAGGAACGGAUUGUUCAUCAGUAAAUCCUUAAUGCAAACACAGGCUACAAUUAUGUUGAAGAAAGAAUAUAGACAUGCCUCUAAAUGGUUAGAUACAGUCCCUAAUGAAGACGAGGGGGACGCAUCUGUAAAAAUAACAGAUCCUAGAGAACCUACGUUUGCAUAUUGCGGAGUUUCUCCUCUAAGUAUACGACUGAUUCAAUCACUCUAUGAUAGAACUGUUCUCUCUAAAAAUUAUUCUUCUCAACAGCCAUUCAUGAUUUCAAGAGAACCAAGCUGUACCCAGUUAGAUAAUUUGAUGCAACAACUCUAUGGACAGGCCGAUAUAAUUACUCAAUCGCGAUGGGUUCCUGAACCUACUGCAAGAUUAAAACGAAUCCGUGCUGCAAACAUUAAUGCUACUCCAUCCACCAACACCACGAAUAUGCGCAACCGCAAGUCACUUCAGAACAAAGACAUAGUGUUGAUCGUAUACCUCGGAGGUAUUACCCCAGGGGAAGUAGCUUUGCUCAAGUUCUUGCAAGGCAAGUUACAACAACGUCACAUCAACAAACGGUUCGUUAUCAUUGCUGACGGCAUAGUGAGACAUGCCAGCCAAUGA